AUGAACCACUUGAGAAGAAAACAUGCCCUGCCAACGGCUUCUACAACAGAGACUGUGAAUAUGGCUAAUAUUACCAUCUUGAUGGUGAAUGAUGUUUAUGAAUUGUUGGCUGAUGAUAAAGGAGUUGGUGGAUUGGCAGAAUUGGCAACCAUGAUUGAUCAAGAGAAGAAUAAAUCGAGGUUUUCGAUUUCUACUUUGAAUGGUGAUUUUAUGAGUGCUUCGACUUUGGCAGAACAAUUUAAAGGAGCUCACAUGAUUGACGUAUUGAAUAAUAUGCCAAUUGAUUUUGUUUGUCCUGGAAAUCAUGAAUUUGAUUUUGGAUCAGAAAUUUUGGAGGAACGCAUUAAAGAAUCUAAUUUCAAGUGGAUUUGUUCAAAUGUUGUGUACAAUAAUGAGGAAACCAAUGAUAAAACAUUCAAUAAUUCUGAAUCGAAUAUUUUGAAGGGAGUUUACAGAAAGUUUAUUAUUACUGACCCUGCUUUGGAUGGUUUAAAGAUUGGAUUGUUUGGAGUUUGUACAAAAUAUUCGGAAUAUCUCAGUAAGCCUGGAAAAUUAAUCAAAUUCCAACCAAGUAUUCCUAUUGCUAGAAGAAUGGUCAAUGAGCUUAGAAAUGUAGAUAAAUGUGACGUUGUUAUUGCCAUUAACCAUUUGAAUAUUGCCGAUGAUAAGGAACUGGUCAAAAGGGUGCCUGGAAUAGAUGUAGUUUUGUCAGGUCACGAUCAUGAAGUAUACACUGUCAUCAAAGAUAAUUGCCUUAUUCACAAGGCAGGUCAGGAUGCCAGAUACCUCACAAGAAUUGAUUUAAUUAUAGAAAAGAAUCAAACAACUGUAAAUACUGGUAAUCAAUUCCAUACUGUAAAGGUCUAUCCAUCAUGUAACAUGAUGAUUAAUCACGGAUACAAACCAAAAAAGAAAGUUUCAGAUGUCAUUCAAAAGUAUAUGGAAAUGUUGCCACCAGGAAUUUUCGAUCAAAUUGGUGUCACUGAAACACCACUCUAUUCCAGCACUGAAAGCUGUCGUUCUAAGGAAACCACUUAUGGAAAUCUUGUGGCUGAUAUUGUAAGAGAGAUGUUUGAUGCUGAAAUAGCACUUUUCAAUGGAGGUGGAAUUAGAGGAGAUCGUUUCUACGAUCAAGGUAAAAAGAUUACCAAAUAUGACAUUCUCAAAGAAUUCCCAUUCCCUAAUGAAAUAGUUCUUUCACAAAUUAAGGGAGUUGAUUUAUUAGCUGCUGUAGAGGAAGGAGUUCAGAAAGCAGAAAGUGUUGUUGGUGCCUUCCCACACUUCUCCAAAGGUAUUUCGAUCAUUUAUGACAGUAGGAAACCUCCACUCAAACGUAUCAUUGAAAUGACAUUCAAUGGCGAGAAAAUUGAUGAAAAUCGCGUCUAUUCAUUUGCCACUGUUAAAUAUUUACUUAAGGGAGGAGAUGGUUUCUUCUCCUUGAAGAAUGCAACCAUUGUCGAUCAUCCAAGAAAUGAUCACAAAAUUUUUGAUAUUGUUGUGGAAUGGAUUGAAAAAUAUCACAUUUUGAAAGCUCACAUUGAGGGAAGAAUUAUUGAUAUUGCCAGAGAACGUAUCACUAAUCAAUGGAGUGGAACUAAGGGUGGAAGUGAUGACGAUUUUGCAGGAGACUACGUUGAAGGAGACAAUUUGAAAUUCUAA